GACAUAAUUCUUUAGAAAUUUUUGAUUUAAGGGAUAUUUUAAUAAUUACUAUUAUUAAUAAUAUUUAAAAUUUUAAAUAUAUUUUAUUUUUAUAUAAUUAUUUGAUAUUAAGAAUAGUUGAAAAAAAUAUAAUAAAAUUAUCUCAAUUUUAAAAUUGAACAAAUAAAAUGAAAUAUUUAUAUUGGCAAGUAGUAUGAAAGGAAUAGAAAGAAAUAUCUUUCACACAUUGAAAUAUUUGUCUAUAUAAAGCUUAGAACUUUUAACCAAUUUAUCACCACCUCCUUUUCAAAAUCUUUUGCUAUAUAGAAGAAGAAAAUAUGGGUGUGAAAGGCAAGUUGAUUGGUUCAAUAGAGGUUAAGUGUGGAGGACACUUGAUUCAUGAUAUUUUCCACACCAAUCCUCGACAUAUACUCAACAUAAGCCCUAGUAAGCUGAGCCAUUUUGAGAUGGAUCACGAAGGUGAAAGCUUAAAGAUUGGUUCGAUAGUUAACUGGAAGUAUAACGACGACGGAUCUGAAAAAGAUAAAACUAUCAAGGAAGUGAUUGAGGCAAUUGAUGUUGAGAAGAAAUCGAUUACUUGGAAAGUAAUUGGAGGAGACGUGCUAGAGUUGUACAAUUCCCUUAGUAUUAUCACAUCAUGUGAAGGCGAGUGGACUACAUGUACUUUUGUGUAUGAAAAAAAGACUGAAGACACCCCAGAGCCUCUUGUUCCCUUUGGUUUGCUUCUUAAUGUACUCAAAGACAUAGAGGCUCAUCAUCUCAAGUAAUACAAGAUCUCUGUAUCUGUUGGCUCUCAGCAUUACCAGUGUGUGCCUGUGCGUGUGUUGUGUGUGUGGGUUUAUUGCACACACGCACACAUAUAUCUACGUGUCUCUAUGUGUGAGUUUAUAUAUGUUAUAACUAUAUAGCAUCAUUGCAAUAUUGGCUAGUUCUAGCUAGUGUGUCAAAAUACGUAAUGUUGUGUUAAGAAUAAAGAAAAUGUUAUUGUUCUCCUAUGCAUGUGUUUGCAGUUGUGAGUAUAUGUAAGAUAUACAUGUAGAUCUUUUCAAGUAUGAAAUGAUCUAUUAUAACAAAUUCAAGUUGUAUGUGUAA